GCGUCUUUUUGCUUCUAUCACCUGACGACGACAUGCGCUCGGCUGGGGUCUUCGCGCUCGUGGCCGCCGUCGCCGCCGCCGUCGCGCCCGUGUCCAACUGCCCGGACGACCUCAACGAGGUCUCGCUCCUCAACAGCGGCGCGAGCUACUGCAUCACCGAGCAUCCCUGCUCGGGCAUCUACCGCAGCGACAAGCCGCCGACCAAGACCGCGUGCCCGGCCGAAGGGCAGGUGUCGUCCAAGGGCGACCGCCUCAUCAUCAAGCCCACGUGCUGCGCCAUCAUCAACAACACGACCAACGUCCUCGGCUGCGUCUUUGAAGCCGCCAAGUACACGUGCAUUGCGCCGUCGCCGGCGCCGAUCCCGACGUUGCAGCCGCUGCCGCCGCACAGCGCCAACGCGGCCGAGGUCAAGCUCACGACGACGGCGCCGCCUACGACGGAGGCUGUCGGCGCCAAGGAAGUGAGCGUCGGUGCCUCGGGCGGCGACGCCACGACGACCGCCGCACCGACGACCGCCGCGCCGACCAUCGUCGUGCUGCCCGUGACACAGUCGGCGACGCAGGCGACGGCCCUCUCGUCAGGCGCGCGCCGCCAGUGGAACAUUGAAGAGGACAAUUUGAUUGCGAUCGAAACCAACGUGCCGGGCCGCGUCUUUGUCUCGAGCUGGACGCGCUGGCUCAGCUUGAGCGCUUUGAACCGCAAGCCAGAGUACAAGCACGUCACGGCGGUCGUCGAGAUCUCGGGCUCAAUUGGCGCCAACGCUUCGUCCGACGCGUCGCAGUCGCUCAUCGACCAGUUCACGCUCACCGUCGACAACAGCACGAUCUUUGUCGACUUUAACGCGUCGGGGAUUCACAACGACGGCGAGGUGCUCGUCGAGAUCUACGUGCGAUCGCCGCUCGAGCGCAUUGCGAUGCACGGGUCGGCCGAGGCGUACGUCGAGGCCGGCGUCCUCGCGUCGCAGCGCCCGCUGUCGCUCACGACUGCGACCGGCGAUCUCUACAUUGACCUGGCCAACGUCACCAACGCCACCGAGGUCACGGUUGCGGCCACCGGUGCCGGUUCGGUGCAGCUCGUCGGGCCGACGCUGACGACCGCGACGUCCAUGGCGCUCACGAGCAACGGCGACGGCUCGAUCGUCGCCUUCUUGCAGACCGCGUCGAUCACGAAUGUGACGAGCCGCGCCUAUGGCUACGGCGACAUCCACAUCUACUCGACGUCCUUGACCGUGCAAACGGUCUACUCAAGCGUCGACGGCUCGGGCAGCGUCGUGUACGCGAGCGGCGCCGGCGUGUGCCGCCAGCAAGAGAUCGAGAUCAGCGGCGUCGGGAACGUCGAGUCGAGCCGCCUCCUCUGCGUCGACACGAACGUCAAGAUUGACUACUCGGGCCGCGGCGAUGCGAUCGUGCAGUCGAGCAACUCGAUCACGACCGAUGUCCGCGGGCCCGGCAACGUCCUGUACUUCAACACGACGCCCACCAAGUACCCGGCGUACAAGAAGCACUACUACGAGAUCAAGGACGUCGACGCCAACAAGCUCAACGAGUCGUCGAUCGCGUGGCCGGCGUCGCAUGCGCCCAACGCCUUCCACGUCGAAGUGACGUCGAACGGGUCGUGGCUCGACACUGUCUCGGUCGACGACCUCGACCGCAUCAUCCUGUUUGGCUGCCUCCUCUUCUUGCUGCUCAUUCUGCUCUACAUUUUGUACCGGUGCUACAAGCGCUACAAGGACAACAAGGACCACGGCGAGUACCAACGCCUCCAGUAACCAAACACCCAUGCGGAGCAUAAUUUGACAUCCUUGGCG